UUUCAGGCUCUUCAGUGUGGGCGUUUGGUAUCCGGCAUGGCUGCUACCUGUUUCUGGCUGGAGCCUCGGACACUGGCUCACUGCAGUUGGUGGUGUCGAUAGAGUGGUAGGAGGGCAGCCAGUAGCGGGAGCUUCUCCUGCCGGGCAGGAAGACGAGUAGAAGGGAGCGGCACCGAGGCAUGCUGGAGGCUGGAGCCUGAGCCCCUGGGGCUCGCCUUGCUGUGGUUGGUGGUGACGUGGGACACUGCAGCUCGGCCAGAGUGGUAGAAAUGUCCUGGUGUAGACUCCAGAGUUCCUGCUCGUGCAAUCUUGAGCAGGGCAGGGCCCCUACACCCACUGCGGUUCUCCGGCCUGCACCUCCCGCCCACACCCCAUGCUCUGUGUUGGCUUUUCUGGCUUUGCCCGUCUAGCUGCUCCAAGCCAGGCUGGAGGAGGAGGAGAAGGAAUCACCUGUGGUACGCUGGAGCCUGCAUAUGGCGUGACUGUGCAGCUCGCCUCGUGUGAUUGAUGGCAGCCACCAAGACUGCAGCUCGACAGGAGUGAAUUAUCAGGAGUCGGCGCCGUGGCAGCUUCGGGAUAACUUGAGGGCGCAUCCUGGGGAAGAAACACCUCCUGUCCGUGGUGCUGACUGCUGAGGACAGCGCUUCGGCGUGGCUUCUCCGUGGCCCAGCUUCUUUGGUGCAUUUUUCUUUCAUGGUUCAUCCAUAUGGCUCGAAAUGAAAAUUACGUUAGUUUGUUAUGGAUGAAGAGUAUUGCGUUGUGCAGCUAUACUGCAGUUUCCUCAUCCCUUCAUCUGUGGAUGGACAGGUUCCACAGUGUUGCCACGGAUGACCUGAUUUCAGUACCCGUGUCUGGCUGAAGAGUAUCUGGUUGUGACUGGAUACUGCAGUUUCUGGAUCCCAUCCUCUGCGGGUGGACAGGAUGGUAGAGAGCAGUUUACAGCCUGAGACCCAUCACUAGGUCUAAAAACGAAAACCAAGUCCUGCUAAAUCUUAAACACCCACUGCAAUUAAAGCCUCAUCUUCAGGCCCCAUAGAAGAUGCCAAUUUAAAUAAACUGCUGCAUUCCUGAGACACAGGGCAAGAAAUGAAAGCUAUUCAACUCCUCAAGACCCAGGGACUAUUGUGAAAGAGGUGCAGAAGACCCAGGUUUAUCUUGGAACCUGAAGAGGAGAGGAAAUUCAUGGAAAUCAUAGGUUUCUCCAUCUUUCUGGUAGUGAACUGAUGUCCAGAAGUUUGAUGGCUGAAGAGUACACCAUUGUGCAUAUAUCCUUCAAUUCCUGCAUUUUUUCAUCUGUGGAAAGACAAGUUUUUGGGGAACAGGCGGUGUUUGAUUAUAUGAACCGGAAGAGCUGGGGUGUUCUCAGGAGCCACCGUGUGCCGCGGCAGCUUCGGGGUAACUUGAGGCUGCAUCCUGGGGAAGAAACACCUCCUGUCCGUGGCGCUGACGGCUGAGGACAGAGCUUUGGUGUGGCUUCUCUGCGACUGGCUUCUUCGGGGAGUUCUUCCUUCAUGGUUCAUCCAUAUGGCUCCAAAUGAAAAUUAUAUUAUUUUGUUAUGGAUGAAGAGUAUUACGUUGUGCAGAUAUACUGCAGUGUCUUCAUCUCUUGAUGUGUGGUUGGGUAGGUUCCACCAUGUUGCCGCAGAUGACGUGAUUUCAGUACCUGUGUCUGGCUGAAAAGUGUUUGUUUGUGAAUGGAUAUUGUGGUUUCUGGAUCUCAUCCUCUGCGGGUGGACAGGUUUCUCCACCUUGCUGGAAGUGACCUGAUGUCCAGAAGUUUGAUGGCUGGGGAGUAUACCAUUGUGCAAGCAUCCUUCAUUUCCUGCAUUUCUUCCUCCAUGGAUGGACAGAAACAUUUGCAGACACAGAAGGACAAAUACUGCAGGAUCUCACUGACAUGGGAGCUAAAAAAAACUUGAUCCCAUGGACACAGAGAAUACAAUGGCAGUACCAGAGGCCGGGAAGACUGGAGGCUUCUCAGUGGCUUGAAAGCUCAGCUGACUGCCACGAAAUUUGCCGGGAACUCAAGACUGUCGGUGACAUUUGUGGCGCCAAGACUUAAGCAGAUUGGGAACCCGGAGUUACCUGCUAGUUGGUGAAACUGGUUGGUAAACGCGAUCUGCUGGCUGCUACCGGCUUCCCCUGGCUGUUAAAAGCAGAUGAUGGCUGAGGUUGAUUCCAUGCCGGUUGCCUCUUCUGUGAAGAAGCCAUUUGGUCUCAGGAGCAAGAUGGGCAAGUGGUGCUGCCACUGCUUCCCCUGCUGCAGGGGGAGCGGCAAGAGCAACGUGGGCACUUCUGGAGACCACGACGACUCUGCUAUGAAGACACUCAGGAGCAAGAUGGGCAAGUGGUGCCGACACUGCUUCCCCUGCUGCAGGGGGAGCGGCAAGAGCAACGUGGGCGAUUCUGGAGACCAUGACGACUCUACUAUGAAGACACUCAGGAGCAAGAUGGGCAAGUGGUGCUGCCACUGCUUCCCCUGCUGCAGGGGGAGUGGCAAGAGCAAGGUGGGCGCUUGGGGAGACUACGAUGACAGCGCCUUCAUGGAGCCCAGGUACCAUGUCCGUGGAGAAGAUCUGGACAGGCUCCACAGAGCUGCCUGGUGGGGUAAAGUCCCUAGAAAGAAUCUGAUCGUCAUGCUCAGGGACACUGACGUGAACAAGAAGGACAAGCAAAAGAGGACUGCUCUACAUCUGGCCUCUGCCAAUGGGAAUUCAGAAGUAGUAAAACUCCUGCUGGACAGACAAUGUCAACUUAAUGUCCUUGACAACAAAAAGAGGACAGCUCUGAUAAAGGCCGUACAAUGCCAGGAAGAUGAAUGUGCGUUAAUGUUGCUGGAACAUGGCACUGAUCCAAAUAUUCCAGAUGAGUAUGGAAAUACCACUCUACACUACGCUAUCUACAAUGAAGAUAAAUUAAUGGCCAAAGCACUGCUCUUAUACGGUGCUAAUAUCGAAUCAAAAAACAAGCAUGGCCUCACACCACUGCUACUUGGUGUACAUGAGCAAAAACAGCAAGUGGUGAAAUUUUUAAUCAAGAAAAAAGCAAAUUUAAAUGCGCUGGAUAGAUAUGGAAGAACUGCUCUCAUACUUGCUGUAUGUUGUGGAUCAGCAAGUAUAGUCAGCCUUCUACUUGAGCAAAAUAUUGAUGUAUCUUCUCAAGAUCUAUCUGGACAGACGGCCAGAGAGUAUGCCGUUUCUAGUCAUCAUCAUGUAAUUUGUGAAUUACUUUCUGACUACAAAGAAAAACAGAUGCCAAAAUACUCUUCCGAAAACAGCAACCCAGAACAAGACUUAAAGCUGACAUCAGAGGAAGAGUCACAAAGGCUUAAAGGCAGUGAAAAUGGCCAGCCAGAGAAAAGAUCUCAAGAACCAGAAAUAAAUAAGGAUGGUGAUAGAGAGCUAGAAAAUUUUAUGGCUAUCAAAGAAGAAAUGAAGAAGCACGGAAGUACUCAUGUCGGAUUCCCAGAAAACCUGACUAAUGGUGCCACUGCUGGCAAUGGUGAUGAUGGAUUAAUUCCUCCAAGGAAGAGCAGAACACCUGAAAGCCAGCAAUUUCCUGACACUGAGAAUGAAGAGUAUCACAGUGACGAACAAAAUGAUACUCAGAAGCAAUUUUGUGAAGAACAGAACACUGGAAUAUUACACGAUGAGAUUCUGAUUCAUGAAGAAAAGCAGAUAGAAGUGGUUGAAAAAAUGAAUUCUGAGCUUUCUCUUAGUUGUAAGAAAGAAAAAGGCUUCUUGCAUGAAAAUAGUACGUUGCAGGAAGAAAUUGCCAUGCUAAGACUGGAGCUAGACACAAUGAAACAUCAGAGCCAGCUAAGAGAAAAGAAAUAUUUGGAGGAAGUUGAAAGUGUGAAAAAAAAGAAUGAUAAUCUUUUAAAGGCUCUACAAUUGAAUGAGCUCACCAUGGAUGAUGAUACCGCCGUGCUCGUCAUUGACAACGGCUCUGGCAUGUGCAAGGCCGGCUUUGCAGGUGACGAUGCCCCGCGGGCUGUCUUCCCUUCCAUCGUGGGGCACCCCAGGCACCAGGGCAUGAUGGGGGGCAUGCAUCAGGAGUCCUAUGUGGGCAAGGAGGCCCAGAGCAAGAGAGGCAUCCUGACCCUGAAGUACCCCAUGGAACACGGCAUCAUCACCAACUGGGAUGACAUGGAGAAGAUCUGGCACCACACCUUCUACAAUGAGCUGCGUGUGGCUCCCGAGGAGCACCCCAUCCUGCUGACCGAGGCCCCCCUGAACCCCAAGGCCAACCGCGAGAAGAUGACCCAGAUCAUGUUUGAGACCUUCAACACCCCAGCCAUGUACGUGGCCAUCCAGGCCGUGCUGUCCCUGUACACCUCUGGCCGUACUACUGGCUUCGUGAUGGACUCUGGUGACGGGGUCACCCACACUGUGCCCAUCUAUGAGGGGAAUGCCCUCCCCCAUGCCACCCUGCGCCUUGACCUGGCUGGGCGGGAACUGACUGACUACCUCAUGAAGAUCCUCACCGAGCGUGGCUAUAGGUUCACCACCAUGGCCGAGCGGGAAAUCGUGCGUGACAUCAAAGAGAAGCUGUGCUAUGUUGCCCUAGACUUCGAGCAGGAGAUGGCCACGGCGGCCUCCAGCUCCUCCCUAGAGAAGAGCUACGAGCUGCCCGAUGGCCAGGUCAUCACCAUCGGCAACGAGCGGUUCCGCUGCCCCGAGGCGCUCUUCCAGCCUUGCUUCCUGGGCAUGGAAUCCUGUGGCAUCCAUGAAACUACCUUCAACUCCAUCAUGAAGUCUGAUGUGGACAUCCGCAAAGACCUGUACACCAACACAGUGCUGUCUGGCGGCACCACCAUGUACCCUGGCAUGGCCCACAGAAUGCAGAAGGAGAUCGCUGCCCUGGCGCCUAGCAUGAUGAAGAUCAAGAUCAUUGCUCCUCCCAAGCGCAAGUACUCCGUGUGGGUCGGUGGCUCCAUCCUGGCCUCGCUGUCCACCUUCCAGCAGAUGUGGAUCAGCAAGCAGGAGUAUGAUGAGUCAGGCCCCUCCAUUGUCCACCGCAAAUGCUUCUAGGUGGACUCUGACUUAGUUGCGUUACACCCUUUCUUGACAAAACCAAA